UAAUCUUAACUGGCCCCUUAAUUUUGAGGACCACUGUUAUUAGUGUUAAGUCAUUCAAAAUGUUUGCGCUUGAAGUCUACUUAACUCAACGUCACCCGUAAUGUUAAACCUCUCCUCCCUGAGCGUGGUGUCACCAGCGGACAUUGUCCUUUGAACUUUCGGUACGCCAUGCACAGGUGUGGUGAUGUCAUAUCAGGACGUGAGAUCUUAAACAGCAAUGGCGACCGCUGCUGUUCUCCCAGACAAGAUCAGCCACGACUUCCUUGAGUGUACGAUCUGUUUCCACGUUUUCAAGAACCCGAAGGUUCUUCCCUGCUUGCACAACUUUUGUGAGCCCUGUCUGUGGGAAUGGGUCCAGAAGAACGAUGGCGACACCUUUCCCUGUCCUAUAUGUCGUCAGCCAGUCCCCUUACCCCAAAAUGGCGUCGAGGGUCUAAAGGACAACUUCUUUCUUGCUAGCCUGGUAAAGGCCGUGACCGAGCAUCAAGGCGUUCGCCACGGUAAGGAUGUCCUUGUCUGCACCAAUUGCGAGGAAGGAAAGCCAGCCACGUCCAGGUGUUCGGAGUGUGCCGAGUUUCUCUGUGAGAGUUGUGAGUCAGCUCAUCGUCUUCAAUCUACGCGGAGCCACACGCUUUUCACUUUUGAAGAACUGAAGACAGGAACAUACGACAAUGUCUUCAGGGCUAGGAAAGCUCCACCGUGCUCUAAACAUCCGGGAGAGAUCUUGAAGCUCUACUGUAGGACCUGUGAGACCCCAAUAUGCAACGAAUGUGCCUUGUUUGAACACAGGGACUCACAGCACGACUACACGCGCAUAGAAGAGGUGGCUGCCGAGAAGAGGGAGACAAUCUUAGAUCUCACACCGCAGUGCCAGGCCCGAAUGCAGGUCUUACGUCAAACGGAAUUUGUACAGAAACGCUGCAAGGAACAACUUCAGCUGAACGCAGAGGGGGCACGUCAGAACAUCCACAAAACCGCGCAAAGUUUGAUUGCGAUGGUAAAGGAAGAGAGCGAACGACUCCUGACUUGUGUUGAUACAGAGGAAACAUCCAGGAAGAAACAGAUCGAUGCAGAGAUAGAGGGAGCACAGAUCAGUCUGGCGAGCGCAAAGAGCACGUGUGAGUUUGCCGAGACUCUAGCUCGUGAGGGAGGCGACUACGAAGUUGUGUCUUUCUCACAAGAUAUGACAACCAGACUGAAUGAUUUAACUAAGCUACCUGCAGACACAACGGACUUUGAACUGGCAAACAUCACUAUUGAUUACUCUAGUAUGGAGCACAAGUUGACCAAAAGUAUCCCUAAAACUGGCCAAUACAGGCGACUGGCGAAGUCAACGGAAGGGAAACUGUUUUCUCCAUUGUACAGUGUGCCGCAAAGUUCGACGACCUCAAGGACAGGACUGACAACAUCUGGGCCCAGGGGAAAUGUGAGCGGAACGAUGAUUCACGACCUGGUGCAGGCUGGUAGUGUUCUGUGA